ACUGGCUUGUAAGCUGAUUUUGAAACACAGCCAGCACAACGUCGUCGUAUCUUUCGCUUUUGUGAAGGCUUUUUGUUCUUUAAAUUUCUGUUUCCUUGGAUUAGUUAGAAAAUUUAGUUGGCAAACAGUUUUUGCUUGUGCUGUGACGAAAGCAUGUAACCAACUACAACACAGUUUGACUAAUAUUUACUUGGAUACUUCUGAAAACCAAUACAAUGAGUUAUCAAGAUGAACCUGGUGGCUACGAUGUUGGCUCCUUCCCUAAGGACUUCAGCUACGGCCCAUUUGAGCAGAAUGGGGAUGGGGACAACUCGUCACUGCAAGACGACCACAAACCAAGAAUCUUACUGAUGGGCCUCAGAAGAUCUGGGAAGUCAUCUAUACAAAAAGUGGUGUUUCACAAAAUGUCUCCAAAUGAAACAUUGUUUUUGGAAUCCACUAACAAGAUAGUGAAAGAUGAUAUCAACAACAGUAGCUUUGUCCAGUUCCAAAUAUGGGACUUUCCCGGCCAAAUAGAUUUUUUUGAUCCUACUUUUGAUUCGGACACAAUUUUUGGCGGAUGUGGGGCAUUAGUGUUUGUUAUUGAUGCACAGGAUGACUACAUGGACGCACUCAACAAACUACAGUUAACAGUUACAAAGGCGUAUAGAGUAAAUAGUAACAUAAAGUUUGAAGUUUUUAUUCAUAAGGUAGAUGGCUUAAAUGACGACUACAAGAUGGAAUCGCAACGGGACAUCCACCAGCGGGCCACGGACGACCUUGCGGACGCCGGGCUGGAGCAUGUGCACCUCUCAUUCCACCUCACCUCCAUCUAUGACCACUCUAUCUUCGAGGCGUUCAGCAAAGUUGUGCAGAAACUUAUUCCGCAGCUGCCUACUUUAGAAAACCUUUUGAAUAUACUCAUAUCAAAUUCGGGAAUAGAAAAGGCGUUUCUGUUCGACGUGGUGUCGAAGAUCUACAUCGCGACCGACAGCUCUCCCGUGGACAUGCAGAGCUAUGAACUGUGCUGUGAUAUGAUUGAUGUAGUUAUAGAUAUUUCCUGCAUAUAUGGCAUGGUGGACGAGACAGAAACAAGCACGUUCAACAGCCAGAGCUCGUCGCUGAUCAAGCUGAACAACGGCACGGUGCUGUACCUGCGCGAGGUCAACAAGUUCCUGGCGCUCGUGUGCAUACUGAGGGAGGAGAACUUCCAGAAACAAGGUGUAAUAGACUACAACUUCCUCUGCUUCCGCGACGCGAUAACGCAAGUGUUUGAGCUUCGCAACAAGUGUCAAAACCUCGAAGACGGAUCUCCCAUGGGAACCCCUGAAGCCACCAACGGACCCCUAGAUAGCACGAUCAGUGGGUCCCUACUGUCUCAAACCCCGUUACCGUAACAUUAGCCAAUUGUGAUGACCUUAGCCGAAUGUUGUGAGUGAGUGUACGAUAUCGUUGGACGGACUAUGAAGGAUUGGUUGAAGUGGUAAGUGGGUUUUUUGCUGCAAGUUUAUAGCUACAACAAAUUGCAAUAUUAGAAGCCGGAUACAAUCAAAUUGAAUUUACUGUGAGUUGAACAAUCGUUAUGUAUUUAUUGUUCGGUUCAAUAGCUUAUUUGCGUCCGUAUAAAUGAAAAAAUAUGAAGGUCUUUAUGAAAAGUUUAGUGUUUUCAAGAAGCCCUGGACAUGUUUCGUUUUAUGUAAAUGUUGAAAAUUUUGGGCAGCAAAAAGUAUAAGUUGGCAGCAACUGUCU